GGAUGGCAAAAAAAAAAAGUUAAAGAAAACGAUUUUAUACUCGGUCAAUACACGUGUUAAGAAAAUUUGUGUGGUGCAAUUCUAGAGAAAUUACGCAGGGAAUGCACCAUUACUCUCAUGUGUCAAAAAAAUGUUACACAAAAUUUCCUUCUAACUACCCUGGCUUCUUAAUUCUCUCGUUCAUCCUUUCUCCCUUCCCUUCAUUAUCCCCUAAUUCAUUCUCCCUCUUAAUUGCUCCACAUUCUCAUGCCCCUUACGCAUUUUAUAACAAUGAAAAUAGUUACCAUCUCGGUAGCUAAUUUAGUGAGGAAAUAAUGUUAGUUUCUAUGCGAUGAUUUACAAGAAGACAUUAAUAAAGAUAUGCGCAAUAAAGAAGUGAUCCAUGGAGUGCUGAUUAAUGGGCUAGGCCAAUCAGACAUUAAAAAAAGGCAGCCAACAUUUUUCAAACCAAAAGAAUCUACUAGAGCCGAGGACAAGUUAACUAACUUGAGAUUCUAGAUAAAAUCGUUUUGUCUAGGUGAACUCUAAUCAUAAACUUGUUUUUCAAUAGAUCUUUUUGUUGUUGUGUUCCAUGGAACCUAGUACUAGCGACAUGCAUUCCACUGCGGAAAUACCAACGAAUGUACAUCAAGUUGUCCCACCACCCCACACGAGCACUGUGAAGAGGGUCAAGACCAAGCUGAAAGAAACUUUUUUCCCUGAUGAUCCUCUUCGCCAAUUCAAGGGACAACCACUUAAUAGAAAACUCAUCCUUGGAGCUCAAUAUAUAUUCCCUAUUCUUCAAUGGUUUCCUAAUUACAGUUUCAAACUCUUUAAAUCUGACCUUAUAUCUGGCCUCACCAUUGCUAGCUUGGCCAUCCCACAGGGAAUUAGUUAUGCUAAGCUUGCAAGUCUUCCUCCAAUUGUGGGACUCUAUUCUAGUUUUGUUCCCCCACUAGUUUAUGUUGUUCUUGGAAGCUCAAGGGAUCUAGCAGUAGGACCUGUUUCUAUUGCAUCUCUUGUGAUGGGAUCCAUGAUUACAGAGGAAGUGUCUCCCACAACACAAACUUAUCUCUUUAUUCAGCUAGCUUUUACUUCAACAUUCUUUGCUGGUCUUUUUCAAGCUGCUCUUGGUAUUCUAAGGCUAGGAUUUAUCAUUGAUUUUCUAUCUAAGGCGAUCCUAAUUGGGUUUAUGGCUGGAGCUGCUGUAAUUGUGUCUCUGCAACAACUAAAGAGCCUGCUUGGAAUCACACAUUUCACUAAAGAGAUGGGUAUCAUUCCUGUCAUGCGUUCUGUUUUUCACAAAACUGAUGAGUGGUCAUGGGAAACAAUACUUUUGGGUAUUUUCUUCUUGGGGCUACUUCUGCUCGCAAGACACAUUAGCAUAAGGAAGCCAGAACUAUUCUGGGUAUCAGCUGGAGCUCCUCUUGCAUCUGUCAUAAUCUCUACCAUCUUCACCUUUGCAAUCAAGGGUCAACAUCAUGGCAUCAGUAUAAUUGGGAAAUUGCAACAAGGAAUAAAUCCUGCUUCAGCCAAUAAGUUACUGUUUCACGGAAAUCAUCUAGGCCUAACAAUUAAAACCGGGAUUAUCACUGGCAUUUUAUCCCUCACUGAAGGAAUUGCAGUGGGGAGGACAUUUGCAACUAUCAGAAACUACAAAGUGGAUGGAAAUAAAGAAAUGAUGGCAAUUGGGUUCAUGAAUAUGGUUGGCUCUACCGUAUCCUGCUACGUCACAACAGGAUCUUUUUCUAGAUCAGCUGUAAAUCAUAAUGCAGGCGCAAGAACAGCGAUGUCGAAUGCAGUGAUGUCUGUGACAGUCAUGGUGACACUCCUGUUUCUUAUGCCAUUAUUUCACUACACACCUAAUGUUGUAUUGGGUGCAAUCAUAAUAACAGCAGUAAUUGGCCUCAUUGAUAUCUCUGCUGCUUAUCUCAUUUGGAAGCUCGACAAAUUCGAUUUCCUUGUGUUGUUGACUGCAUUCUUUGGUGUUAUUUUUAUCUCUGUCCAGUACGGCCUUGCUCUCUCAGUCGGAUUGUCGAUUUUUAGGAUCCUACUGCAAGUUACAAGGCCUAAGACAGUGAUGUUAGGGAACAUACCGGCGACAAACAUAUAUAGAAAUCUUCACCAUUAUAAAGAAGCUACAAAAGUACCUGGUUUUCUUAUUUUAAGUAUAGAAGCUCCAAUCAAUUUUGCUAACAUCACUUAUCUCCAUGAGAGGAUAUUACGAUGGGUAGAAGAAGAAGAGGGUACAACGACAGAAAACUUAAGCCUUCAAUGUGUGAUUCUUGAAAUGUCAGCUGUGAGUUCCAUAGAUACAAGUGGAGUCUCCCUUUUCAAGGAGUUGAAACUAACAUUAAAACUGAAGAGUGUUGAGCUUGUAUUGGUGAAUCCUCUAGCUGAGGUCAUUGAAAAGCUGAAAAAAGCAGAUGAAGCUAACGAUUUCGUUCGAGCUGAUUACCUUUUCUUGACAGUUGGAGAGGCCGUAGCUACACUUACAUCAGCAAUGAAGGGUCAAUCACCAACCAUGGAAGAAGAGACAUAUGCAAUUGUGACAGAGUGCUAAUCAGUUAUAUGCAGAAGCUAAUAACAACACAAGUUAAAAGAAGCAGCAGCAGCAGCAAAAUAGAAUAGAGAUUGUAUAAAGUAAUCAAUGUAUAUAUUCCUACAGUUUAGAAACUUUGAUUCCACUAGGUAUCUCCUUGUAGACUUGAAAUGUCACAUGUGUCCCUCCUAGUAUGCUUCACAACUCACAAGCCAGUUAUUGGACUUGAACAGCUUGUUGAUUGUGAAUUUAGGGAUUCACGUUGUUUUCCAUGUGCUUUUGAGCACAUCUGACUCAACAAAAUUACUUGUAAAGAUCUUAAGUUUAUGUAUAUAAAAAAUAAAAAAUGUAAAUUUUUUUUUUUACUUAGAUAUUUAAAUAUUUAUGCAAAUAUUUUAAAAAAUAGUAUCAAAUUUAUGUACAUCAAGUAUAAAAAAGAUAUUCACAAAAUUUAUGUAUUUUAUGUCAAUUUUAGGAUUGUCAUCUCAAAAUCUAAGCACAUUAUGUUUAUAUAAAAAUGAAAACUUUAAUAUUCAAUUUAGCCUCUAAUAAUGUAGCAUUGACGUGGAAUUUUCUUAAAAUAUUAUAUGUUAGUAUGUCACAUGAUAGCCUUUAAUUACAGAAAAAUAACAAAAAUAACUACCAUUUUGCAAUCUUAAGCACAUACAUUUGAGUUAAAAGAAAAAACACAUUUAUUAUUUUUUUAAAAUUUAAUGAUUAUUUUGAAUGAAGGCAAUUUUGAGAAUUAAUUUUCCAUUGUUUAUUAACAACUACUUCAAAGAUUGUUUAGAAAAGUAGAAGCCACAAAUGUAUCAUAUUAACCAUUCGUGUUUGCUUAAUAGAGAUAUAUAAGAAUGUAUAUGCUUAGAGCUUAAGGAUAGAAUGCGUAUAAAAGGCCAUCUUGCAUUGAGUUUUGUUAGAAAAUUAAUGUCCCGUUCAUUGACUCUAAAAUAAAAGCUAAUAGAAUAAUUUAAAAGAAAUUAGAACAGUUGUGUAACGCAAAAAGGCGUUGAGUGUGAGUCGUCAGCACGGAGAGCAGAACACGCCGCUGAGUCCCGUUCACUUGCAAACAAAAACACCUUUUAGAGAGAGAGAGAGAUAGAGAGAGAGAGAGAGAGAGAGAGAGAGAGAGAGAGAAUGGG